GCCGUGCCCGCGCGCCCCGCGCCCAGGUCUGGGCAGCCCGCCGCCAGGCAGCGGGAGCAGCGGCCGGCUCUGGGAUCUCGCCUGCCUGUUUGCUUCCCUCGCCUGCUCGGGAUGGCUGGCUACCUGCGGGUCGUGCGCUCGCUCGGCAGAGCCUCGGGCUCCGGGCCGGCCUGGGCGCCGGCUGCCCUGACAGGCCCCAACUUGCAGGACCAGCCGCGGCGCCACUAUGCCGACAAGAGGAUCAAGGUGGCCAAGCCGGUGGUGGAGAUGGAUGGCGACGAGAUGACUCGUAUCAUCUGGCAGUUCAUCAAGGAGAAGCUCAUCCUGCCCCACGUGGACGUCCAACUCAAGUAUUUCGACCUGGGGCUCCCGAACCGUGACAAGACCGACGACCAGGUCACCAUCGACUCCGCGUUGGCCACCCAGAAGUACAGUGUGGCUGUCAAGUGUGCCACCAUCACCCCUGAUGAGGCCCGUGUGGAAGAGUUCAAGCUGAAGAAGAUGUGGAAGAGUCCCAAUGGAACCAUCCGGAACAUCCUCGGUGGGACUGUCUUCCGGGAGCCCAUUAUCUGCAAAAACAUCCCCCGCCUUGUCCCUGGCUGGACCAAGCCCAUCACCAUUGGGAGGCACGCCCAUGGCGACCAGUACAAGGCCACGGACUUUGUGGCCGACAGGGCAGGCACCUUCAAGAUGGUGUUCACUCCGAAGGAUGGCAGCAGCCCCAAGGAGUGGGAGGUGUACAACUUCCCCGCCGGCGGCGUGGGCAUGGGCAUGUACAACACCGACGAGUCCAUCUCGGGUUUUGCGCACAGCUGCUUCCAGUAUGCCAUCCAGAAGAAGUGGCCGCUGUACAUGAGCACCAAGAACACCAUUCUGAAAGCCUAUGAUGGGCGCUUCAAGGACAUCUUCCAGGACAUCUUUGACAAGCACUAUAAGACGGACUUCGACAAGAAUAAGAUCUGGUACGAACACCGGCUCAUCGACGACAUGGUGGCGCAGGUCCUCAAGUCCUCAGGCGGCUUUGUGUGGGCCUGCAAGAACUACGAUGGAGACGUGCAGUCGGACAUCCUGGCUCAGGGCUUUGGCUCCCUGGGCCUGAUGACGUCUGUGCUCGUCUGCCCGGACGGAAAGACCAUCGAGGCUGAGGCUGCUCACGGGACCGUCACCCGCCACUAUCGGGAGCAUCAGAAGGGCCGGCCUACCAGCACCAACCCCAUCGCCAGCAUCUUUGCCUGGACACGAGGCCUGGAGCACCGGGGGAAGCUGGACGGCAACCAGGACCUCAUCCGGUUUUCCCAGACCCUGGAGAAGGUGUGCGUUCAGACAGUGGAGAGCGGAGCCAUGACCAAGGACCUGGCGGGCUGCAUCCAUGGUCUCAGCAACGUGAAGCUGAACGAGCACUUCCUGAACACCUCGGACUUCCUGGACACCAUCAAGAGCAACCUGGACAAAGCCCUGGGCCAGAAGUAGCGGGGCGGGCAGCGCGGCCCAGCCCCGUAGUGGACACCAGUCCUGGGACACGCGCCGGAGGGUGAGCCUCACAGCCCUCUCCGGAGGCCUUUCUAGGGGACACUUUUUAUAAACGAAAUGUUUUUAAAAGUACCUGCGUUUCCCCUCACAGUGACGUGAGGCAGGAACAGAGUGUUUUACCUCAGCCAGUCAGUAUGCUUUGCAUACUGUAAUUUAUAUUGCCCUUGGAACACAUGGUGCCAUAUUUAGCUACUAAACUCUCUUCACAAAA